AUGUCCAAUAUUAUCCAUAUCAAGUCUGAACCUGAAGACAGCAGCAUAAUAUUUAUAAAAGAAGAAGAAAUCUCCAAUCCAAAUUUCUCAUCAUCAUCUUCCACAAAUGUUAAAAACGAAUUAAUUGAGGUAGAUUCGGAUUCGGAUUCGGUGCAACUAGCGCGUGGAAGAUUAUCUACGAAAUGGACUAAACAAGAAGAAAAAAUCCUACUUGAUGCUUGGAAAUUGAAUCCACCUAACUUUAGCAAUCUUACUUUAGAUUUACCCAACCGAGAUCGUAGAAAUAUCAAACGAAAGUUUGAUAAAAUGGUUGCGACGAUAUACAAUCAUUUCAAUCUUGAAUAG